AUGAAGCCUCUCAUCAUUGGUGCGUGGCGUGUUGGGGAAAAUGUGACAUUCAGAUGCUCAGAGUGGAAUACUUGGAUGAAUGUAGAAUCUAAUGAUAAAUACUUUUGUAAUAGUCCAUGCACAGAAGACAAACACAUUAUCAUCAAAGCAGCAUUUGGAGAGACUAAACAUAACAACAGAAUAAAGUUGACUAACAGAGCAAAAGGUUUAGUUGUAACCUUCAGUAAUCUCCAAAAGUCAGACUCUAAGACAUAUUAUUGUGGAGUGGUGAGAUUUGCCCAUGAUUCAUUUAUAAUGCGGAAUUUAUCAGCUGAGUCUUCAAGUCCCAAGACAACCCCGGAAACAGUCAUUGAUGGUUCUACUCCCUCAUUUGCUGUAUCAAACAGCUCCCAUGAGUCUUUAAGCAGCUCAGAAAUGAUAACUGAUAUGGCUAGAUCAUACAUGACAACAACACCUACUGCAUCAGCAACACAAGGAGCCGGAAGUGUACCAUAUGUGAUCAUAGGUGUCACUGUCAUAAUAACCAUACUGAUGGUCUUACUGAAGCUCAUGAGGAAGAUGAGUAUGAAACAACUGAAAUUUGUGUCAAGUGCUGAUACACCAAAGGAAGACGUACCAGAGAGUGCAGGUCCUGAUGGAGUCUACCAAUCACUCCACCCGUUGACGAUGGACAUAGACCAAGUCUACAGCAUUCUUACACCCACAAGGCACUCCACACGGCUAUGUCAUAACAUUCAAUGA